CAGCCGCAGCAGCUCGCGGACAAAACGUGAGCCUUCAGUCCUUGGCGAUGCGCUCGGGAUGUGCCAGAAUCUAGUGGGAGAGUGGCUCCGAGCAGAAAGUGCAGCCUCCCUGGGUGAGCCUGCGCUGCUGACAAGUUGGGAUCGCCUGUCGCAGCAUUUCCCGACAGUCUGAGCAGCGAUUGUCCCUCUCUCUCUCUCGUCCUCUGGCGUCGCAAGCAUCUCAAGUCUGCCUAUUUCCGUCCCAGCUCUUCGUUCGGCUUGUUCUUGGAAACAAAGACGCUGGAUGUAAUUGGUCGCACACGAUAUUUUAUGGCAAGAGCUACAGAUGCAGAGACUCAGUGAGGAAGCCGACGCAAGCUCGGAUGAGGAGUUUCUGGACGCUCCGGGUGAUAUGUCCACGAUCUCUUUGGAAACGUCCACAUUUCCCGAGCAGAUAAGUGUGGAGAGCCAAGAUGAAGAGGAAGGUAUGUCCAGGAGAGGGGAAGCGUGGGCCACGGAGCCUCGCGUGCUGCUGCUGGUGCUGCACGGCAACGGCCAGGAGCCAAAAUUCACGGGCGCCCUCGGAGCGCGGUCAUCGUCCAGGGACAGGGCGCCGUUUGUGACGGAGGCCAGGUUCGGUCGUUCCGGCAGCGGUGCUGCGGCGCAGGCGGGCGGUGCGGAGGCGCGGUGCGCGCACAAGGACGCUCUCAGCCUGCACUCGGCCAUCGACGCCGUGAGCAGGGCACACUUCCCGGCUGCCGUGGGGCGCGUGAGCGUGAGGGCAGUGCCGUGUCCGCCCAUCUGCGCCAGCGCCUUUGCCAUCCUUACGCAACUGAGUCCGCACGGCUCUGACGCGAGCUGUGAGCCCAGCAACUCGGCCCCGGCGUCUCUGUCCGUGCUGCCGCUCCUGGCGACAUCCAGCCCCCAUUACCAGGAGGCCGUGAGCACUCUGAUCCACCGGAUCAACCACGCUCACCGCGCCUUCCUCUCCUCCUCCGAGGGCACUGCAUUUCAAGGGAAGGUGUGCUUGGUGGGAGACGGCGUGGGUGGGAUCAUGGGGUUCGAUGCCCUGUGCUGGAGCAAACGGGCACCAAGCGACAGCUGGGACAGCAGCCGACAGGGAAGCUUUAAGAGCAGCUCGGACAGUAACCCAGCAUCGCCGGCUGGAGAGCCUCUCAGCUGCCCUCACGGCCACCAGGCCCGUGGCUCCCCCCUGGCCAGCAGCCGAGGCCUGAGCCGCAGUGAACAAGAGCUGCUCGUCAACAUGAGCGACCUGCCGCCCUGUCGGCUGGAGAGGAAGCGGCCCGGGCCCUGUGUGGCACUGGGGCACCUCCACCUGCACCAGGCCUCUCUCGCCAGUGUGCAUGGCUGCUUCACUCGGGAUGAGGUGGAGACUCGGCGAUGGAGCAGUUCCUCGGCGACCGACUCCGCCCCUGCUCCCCCUCGCCUCGAAUUCCUGGUGUCCGACUUCUUCCUGCUGGGCUCGCCUCUGGCACUGGUGCUCACUCUGCGGCGUCUCGCCCUCCCCUCCAACAGCCUUUCCCAGUUGCGGCCGGCAUGCCAGCAGAUCUACAACAUCUUCCAUCCCGCCGACCUGUCUGCGUGUCGCCUGGAGCCUCUGUUUGAUCAACGUCUGACACAAAUCCCUCCACACAGGGUACCCCGCUACCCCAGCCUGCAGAUGGUGGAGAGGCAUUCAACUCUGAUGGCGUCAGCAAUUCAGCGCUACUUCGCGGAAGAGGCCGCACAAGUCGGAGACGUCCAACACAACCUGGCGAGGACAACGUUUGAGGCGCUUCCGGACGCAACUCGCCAAUGCCCGGCAAAAGACCACAGCCCCAUGCCAGCGGCGAUAUUCACGACCGCGGACAUUAGUGGCAUCCUGUCCAGGUGGUGGGGAGUCAAGCGCAUCGACUACUGGCUGCAUUGCCCCGAAGCCGUGCGGCCCUUCCCAGCCGUGUCCUCAGCCCAGCUCUCGCACACGAGCUACCUGGAGUCCAUGGACGUUGCCGCGUUCCUCCUGCAGCAGGUGCUGGGUCCAGGCAGAGUGGGAGCGACUCAGCAGAUGUCCCAGGAUGGCUCAUCGUCACCGUGCAAACCCCUGGAGAAGUGGCUCAAGAAAAGGACUUCUGUCAAAAUUCGAAACGUCACGGCGAACCACAGGGCCAACGACGUCAUCGUGCUAGAAGGCAGCGCGCAGAGCCUUGCUGGCCGUUUCAUGUACGGGACCCUUGACAUGGUCACCCUCACUGGGGAGAAGGUUGACAUGUUUAUCAUGACCAAGCCCCCAGAAGGAGAGUGGGUAUACUUUGACACUCAGGUGACAAACAGCAGUGGCCGCGUCAGCUACGUCAUUCCUGACAUUCAGCACAUUGGCGUUGGCCUCUAUCCCGUCAAGAUGGUCGUCAGAGGAGACCGCACGUUUGCUGACAGCUUCCUGGCUGUGCUUCCCAAGGGGACGGAGUGCGUCGUCUUCAGCAUCGAUGGCUCAUUCGCGGCGAGUGUGUCGCUCACGGGCACUGACCCCAAGGUGCGCCCAGGCGCCAUCGACGUCGUGCGGCACUGGCAGGAGCUGGGCUUUCUGCUUAUAUACGUGACGGGGAGGCCUGACAUGCAGAAGCAGAGAGUGGUGGCAUGGUUGGCACAGCACAACUUCCCACACGGCCUCAUGUCAUUUUGUGAUGGACUCGUUCACGACCCACUUCGACACAAGACCAACUUUCUCCGAAGUCUUCAGCAAGAGGCUCAUAUGAGGAUCCACACAUCAUAUGGGUCGAGUAAAGACAUCGGAGUGUACCACGCUCUGGGGCUGUCUCCAUCACAGAUAUACAUCGUGGGACGGCCAUCGAAAAAACACCACCUCCAAUGUCAGUACAUCUCCGAAGGCUACGCGGCUCACCUGGUGCAGCUGGAGUGCAGCAGCAUCUCGCGGCCGGCUCAAGUGAACGCACGCGUGCAGCACCACGCGCAGGCCCUGGACCUGGCAGGCCACGGCACGCGCCCCUCGCGGCCUCUCCCGCCGUGCGAGGCCGUGGGCUGUGCCCACGCUGCGGAGCGCGCGCACAGCCAAUCGGAGCCCGAGACGGAUCCCGAGCGGAGGCAGCACGGCCAGAGGAGCAUGAGUGUGACCGUGUCGCAUGUUGAGCACUGAGCAGCCUGGGCCCACGCUCCAGUGGAGCUCUUCCGCCCCCACGCUUCUCGUCCCGUUCGUCAGGUGCCACUGUUUUGAGUUAAAAUAUUCACCUGGACGAUCACUUCAGAUGGAACGUCCCGUUUGCAAGGGGUGUCCCCGGCUUUGAUUGGUGUGCACGUACACAUCGGUACAUACACACAUACACAUAUAGAUGCAUACCCAUGAACACUCAGAUUUUUUUAAUCACAACCAGUAACCAUUUUCAUAAUUGAUUACUAGUUUCAAAAUUAAUUGGAAGUUUAGCAAUAAAUGGCGUGCGCAAACGUACCAAUAGCAUGCAUCGGUUAUUUGCCCUCAUUUCUCAGUUAAAACGUAACGGUGCUUGCUAACAGCACUACUGGUGGAAGGGCCUCCACGAAAGGGAGAUCUACUCUUCCACGCUGACCAGACCUCUUUAACGUACCCACACUUUUCCCCACCGCACGCUACCUGCCGAACAGAGGCGGUGGGGGGGGGGGAUUUAAGAAAACUUGCAGCAUCGUUUCCACUGCCAUGCCGAGAGAUAAAAAUUGAAAAGGUGACCUCUGGAUUGCAAGUCCUGUGUGCUAUCACACCACGAUUACUCCCUUCAUAUUUCAGCUAAAAAUGUGUCUAUUGCUAGACAGUUCUACACGUUCGACAAACUGGUAGCUAGUUUUGACAUUAUUUUUUUUUUAUGCGGUAACCCGAAUAUGCACACAACUGCCGCCAUUCGCCACGAAGUCACGGUAACGUCACUAUGGCGCUUAUCUCAAGCCAGGUACAACCUGAGGCCACGUGAAGUGUUGAAGGCUCGCUGACAGGUCACGGGACAGACCCGGGGAAGUACUGUUAGCAAGCUCCAAUGAAGGCCAAUAGGGCACACAAAGGGGUUGUGUGGACAGUACCAUGUCCAGCCACCUGUCUCACCAGUGGUGAUGUUUGACCACUACACCAGCUGCUAAUUUUAGGUUAAGUGGACCUAGGGGAGGCACAGGACCGGUUCAGAUACUCAUCACUUAUGUUGGCCACGAGUGGGAAUCGGACUUGGAUCACAGGGUUCGUAGUUACCACAAUACCUCUACCCACCACACAUAGACUCACAUACAUGAAUACGUAUGUCCGCUACACGCAUAUACACACACACAUAGCCAACUCGUAACGGCACGUAUAAAAACAUUUAAUUCCACGCAAGAGUCGUGGUUUGGCAGGAUAUUCAGUGAGACAUCAGUUUUGUGAAACCCAGUGAAACCUCUACAUACUAUUUUGCAUGGCCCCAGCCAAAUGGAUUGUUGGAUGUGGGCACACGUAAAUAAACUCGGGAGCACUGACCGUGCUACAAGAAAUCACUGACUUUAGACAUGGGACGUGAAUAUGCACGAAAAUGCCACAUGGGAAUGGUAUUACAAUGUUGCAUUGUACCACAAGGUUUUUAUUAUCAGAAUAUAUCCUUAAAAAAGUGGAUUCUUAAGCUCUGACUAAUGCCAAACUAUUAGAAUUAUGCUGUUGUGUGGUUGGUUUUGCACACCGAUUGGCAAAAAACUCAACAAAUUGCCCAACACCAAUGGGAGUAUUUUGUUCGCAUGCUUCGAACACUGUCACUUAGCGCUUUCACAGCCUUAUACUUGUUCAACUGCCGCCCGGGAGCCAGACAAUUGUGGCGUUCAUGGUUAUGGGUGAAGCUGGGGCCAGUACUGUGUUUUGGUAAAUGGUGUGUGGAAUAUAUUGGAGGGCGGGGGGUUGUAUGACCUUGGGCCUAAUGUGCAAUUCUUUUUCUUUCCUUUCUCAGAUGUUGCCACUGCAUGGCCGCAGCAGACAAUCGUGUGUGUGUGUGUGCGUCGCCCGCGAAACAGAAACACGAGGGGCACCGUUUGCCUGGGUCCCGAGGGGUAAGACGGGCGUUUAAAAACCCAAUCACGUGUUUGAAUAGGUUGUAUUACGAUAGAUGUCACGGAGAGCAACCACUGAGCUCUAGAGUUGCGAGUAGAAGUUGAAACUGCAAGGACUCGUAAAGUCCCUGCCUUAGCCCAAUGGAACUUUCUUGACCAUGUUUUAAAAAGAGUGCUUUGACGAAUAUUGUUGCAUGGCUCCAGAAUAGUUGUGAAGCAAUGAGGUGCUGUCGGCCGCAUUCUCUUUGUAUAAAUCAGCCACGGAUAUAUUUAAGAUUUGUUGCCCUGUCCCAUUGCAAGAUGUUAUCGGGUCAGAUAGCAUUUUGCACAAAAAAAACAUGUUCGUUGAUGGGAGCAACUGUGUGCCAAUGUGCUGCACGUUACUCAUAGGGAACUGUUCCAAUGUGAAAUUGUUGCACUAUUUUGUUUUAAAAUAUAAAAUUGAUAUUCGAGUAUAAAGUACUGAACAUUUAUCCUCCGUAGCAACUCAAUGCGAUGAGUAAAGUUAGGUUGUAUAAAAAAUAAUGUAGUUUGAUUAAAGGACCAAAAGCGAUGUUUUGGCCCAACCUUGGCUUGUGAGUUUCGUAACGUUAAUAUAUAUUCCGUAUAUCGGCUGGCAUGCACAUCCUGUGUAUUGAUAAUUGUAGAUGACUUGUGUUUUUAAAGCUUUUGUACAAGUAAUAAUUCCCCACAAUUUACGAACAAUACCUAAUUCGUUUCCAGUAUGACGUACAGUACUGUUGUAUGCAAUGUAUGAUGUUCAGAGUAUUGUAUUUUACACUUCAGUCUGGCCAAAUUAAUUCCUUGUACAGAAUAAUGAGCAUGCGAAUCUCGUGAUAAUUGAAAUGUGAGCAACGUUUGUGUACACUGAGUGCUCCCUCUAGCAUUGCCGCAAAUCGUUUUGGGGUUUUCUUGACUAAAUUGUUAUUUUGUGAGGUAGCCUUGGCAGGAUAAUGGCAGAUUUGGUGACAAAAUACUGCAUCACCGGCUUCUAUGGGACCAUGACGGAGUUAAUGCAGUAACAUUGUAGAGUGUUUGGUAAUAAAUGUGUUGACUGUA